UUUUCGAAAAACGCCGACGAACCGACCGAUAUCGACUCGAUGCGCCUGGCCGCCUGCUUCCCGCCGUGAGACGCUCGCCUCGUGCGCAUGCUGGACGGGAACUUCCUUUUUAUAGUCCCCAAAUGUCGCCGGGAGCCGCCGACUCAAGUGGCGGAGCGUCUUUGACGCGAUUGGGACGCAGAUAGGGGGCAACCAGCGCACGGUGGGCUGGAUACCGUCAGCGUGAUGUGGACGGCGCCGCUCCCGGCGAUGCCGAUGUGGAGCGGCGUGGCGUGGAGCGGCGUGGCGUGGCCCGCUCGAGUGUGAGACGCCUGCACUUUCCGACGAAGGGGCCGGAGCCCCCCGCCAGGUGAUCGCGCCGGACGGUGGGGGAUCCCGAUGCAGUCGUCGAUCAUGACACGGAGCACGGCGGAGCCCAGAGUGAGAUGACGUCGUCUGCUCGAGAUACCCCCUUCCAGCGACUCGAAAUGACGCUGCACGGUGCGGACGCUCUCUCCUGAUGAACUGCCGACGAGACGUGCGCUCUAGUCAUAACUGCGCACAUCUUCAUAUACUGCGACAGAAACUCGACCACUGCGCUCUGCGACGAAGGAGGUGCGACCCCCUCGCUGAAAUUUCGACAGGUGGCCCAUUCCAUUGCUGGCUUCUUUGGCGAACGUUUGGUGCGUCAACUACAUCUAUAGAGGAGGUGCGUGUGGACAUCGGUGCUCGUGUGUGUAGCAGCGAAGACUGCAGUUCGGACACCCUUCGAGGGGCUGUCACUGCCCGACGGAAAAUUGUAAAAAUUGUGUUAAAGAAGACAACACCAAUAGCCCGGUUUUCCUGGCGGCCGUGUUAAGCUGACCGAAUGCAAGACGUGUCCGCUUAGAGGACCUCAGCGCGGGCAAGUUCGACCAGGGAAACGACGAUGGUUGGCGUGACCGCUGAGCGCUAUGUACUACGGUCCCCGCCUGCAGUCUAGCCUAAGCCGACGGGCGUGGACCUCGGCCGAAGUCGGCGCCGUCGUCGAUAUGACGAGCGAGGACCCGGCCAACUCUUCUCCCAGCACGUCGGGCUACUCGACCCCGUGGUCAGCGUCGCUGCAGCGGUCACAGGCGCGCCGCCGGCUCGACCACCUCGACGGCCGCGGAGGCGCGGACGAUGACGACGACGACGACGACGAAGACGGUGGCACGAGCACUCCCACUCCGCGGCACCAGCCGACGGCGGCGGCGACGACGCACCAGCGACCCUCCGCCACCGAUGCCGCGGACUCGUGGAGCAGCGGCGCCGACUGGAGGAGCAGGCCCCCGCGCCGGCGCCGUCCCGCGCGUAGCUCGGACCACGAGCGCGGUAGGUCUCCCUCGCACGCGCGCCAGCCCUGGGCCGAAGAGCGCCGCAGCCUGGACGCGUGCGACCCGCACUUGCUCGCCGUCAUGGCGGCCGCCGCGCAGCCGUGGAUCGCUGCCGCCGCCGCGUCCUCGCCUCCGCCCACCCCGUGCUGUUGCUCUCCGCCGCCGCCUCAUCAAGCGCCGUACGCUCACGGCUGCGCCGCCGCAUACGCGUGGGCCUCGCAGCAGCGCAGGCGCGGAUGCUGCUGUAGCGGCGGCGUCGCUGCCGCAAGUGUGAACUGGGCUUCGCAACUCAGCGGCCGCUGCUUUGCCGAGCCGCAUCCGGCACCCCACGGCUCGCCCUGCCAGUCGUGGAUCGGCGGUGGCCGUUGCAAGACUCCGGUGUCGGGUGACUAUGGUGACUUGCAGGACAAAGUGUCACACUUGGAAGCGGAGAAGGAAAACCUGGCGCUGCAGGUGAGUGUGUUGAGCGACCAGCUGGAGCUGCAGAAGGACAAGAUAGCCGAGCUGGAGGCAUCCCUGCUCGACAAGAAGCUCCUCCUCGAGCGCACCGAGCAGCUGCUCAAGCAGGAGAUGAUGCUGAAGAAGAAGAUUGAGGCCGACCGGCUGGAGCUGCUUUCGGACAUGCCAGCACUCAAGCUCAAGGUCGUCACGGCCGAGCGCGAGAAGUCCGAACUCGAGAGCAAGGUCAAGAAACUUGAGACAGAUGUGGUUCUGCUGCGUUCACACCUGGCUGAGCGGGAGGCGGAGCUCAUCACCCGAUGUGGCCGGAUCCCGCCUUCCCCCCACCAUGGUUCAGUGUCCUCGGUUGCGGACAGCUUUCGGGGUACGCCCACCAAGCUAGGGGCUGACUGGAAGGAGCGUUCGCCUGCCCCCGGUGACAACGACAGGCAGGCGCAUCCCGGCGAAGGCUGCCUGCAGGAGAAGCCUCCCAAGUGCCCCUCACGAAGUGCAUCAGCCACGCUGCCAUCGUCACAGUCCGCCCUUCGGUCCAGCACGCCACUGCAGCUGUCGCCUCGGCCCAACAGUGAUGAUGGCUCACACGCGCUCAGCAGCAUGCGGCAGUACAGCAACAGUCUUCCACGUUCGCACGGCCAACAGGUGAGGCGCUCUGAGGAAGCCGCUGCUGCAGCUGCGCCAUCCCCUGUGGCAGCGUCCAGAGAUGUCUUCCGCAGCCGCAAGAGCUCGACAGGUGUCUCCUUUGGUAAAGGCUUUUUCCGCUUGCGGUCUUCUCGCCGAGCCUGCUCUGCACCAGAACUAGCCCAGCCCGAGCUGGUGGUGGCUCGUCCCGGUUGCCAGCUGUACUCGCCCCCCUCGGCUGCUUCCACACUCAAGCACAGCAAGAGCCGUGGUCUCAAGAAGAUCCUGGGCAGGUUACGGCGCAGCAACUCGCACACCAUGGACGUUUCGGACAGCUUCCAGCGGGGAGGACUGCGAGCAACUGCGGGACCACGGCUGGGUUGGACACCGGUCACCGUGCACAACAACCACUGCUUCACGGACAAGCCCGUGAACGAGUGGGGCCCCGAUAUGAUAGCCCAGUGGCUGGAACGGCUGGGCCUGGCUGUGUAUGGGGACAGCAGCAAGCCCUUCCUGCGGGAUGGCAGCCGUCUUCUCAAGGUCACUGCCUCCGAACUUGACAAAGAGCUGGGCAUGCGGCACCCCCUGCACCGCAAGAAGCUCCUGCUGGCAGUGGACUGCCUGCGGCCGGAAGCCAGCGAGCUAAGCCGGGCAGCGGCCGCGCUCGACGCAUCCUGGGUACUGCGCUGGCUCGACGACGUGGGCCUGCCCCAGUACAAGGACGCCUUUGCCGAGGCACUAGUUGACGGAGCCGUGCUGAACGCCCUCACCGUGGAGGACUUGCUGCGGCUAAAGGUGACCAACCAUUUCCACCACCUGAGCAUGAAGCGGGGCAUCCAGGUGCUGCGGCUGAACCGCUUUGACCCCUCCUGUCUCAAGCGACGUUCGCUGCCCAACGAGUGCAAGCAGUACAGCCCCCUGGACGUGUCUCUGUGGACCAACCACCGGGUGAUGGAGUGGCUGCGAACGGUGGACCUGUCCGAGUAUGCUCCGAACCUCCGAGGCAGCGGCGUCCAUGGGGCACUCCUGGCUGCCAACAUUGGCGGUCAAUUUCACCUCAGCUGCUGCUACUUCACCAUAGGGCCCGUCAACCCGAGAAUGGCUGCCCUAAUCUAUGAGGAUGGCAUGACAUGGGAGGUGUUUGCGGCCGUGCUUAGCAUCCCAGGCAACAAGACGCUGCUACGGCGCCACCUGUCGCUCCAGCUGAAGCAGCUGCUGGGACCCCGCAUUGUGCAGCGCAAGCGUGCCUUGCAGGCCAGCCCCGAUCACGUGCCCCUGUCGCCUGCUGCCAAGGUCAAGGCGGCCAAAAAGAGUCCACUGCGCUGGAGGCGGGCCAAGGGUGCGGACGGCUACCUGUGCCCCUUCGAGGCCGAUGCACUGGCCGAGGACCUCUCGUUCUGCGACUCCUCGGCAGCCGACAGCUCUCUUGACGAUUCUUUCUCGUCCUGCUGUCCCCGUGAGAAGGAUCCCAAGACAGCUCAAGAAAUCGAAGCUGUGUCCAAUGAAAUUUCGUCGUUCAUGAAACUUCAGGAAGUAAAGAACCUGGACAAACUGGCAUCAACGAACAUCUAGGCAGCAACAUGGGGGACGUCACCGUCUCUAAUCUUGCCCAUACCAAAGCACCUCAUUGCCUUUUUUUUUUAAUAUAUAGAUGCGUAUCACACAUAGUGAAAUGAUGCGCCUAUUUUAUAUACUGACACUUUUUAAACUUACUACAAGUAUUGCAAGCAGGAUGCCGAGCUCUAUCGCAAAUGCUGUUUCUUUUUUAAAUCGUUUUUUUUUCUUCUUUGUGAAAUGAGUGAACAAUGACGAAUAUGUUUGUGCAGAAACAGAAAGGAAAGGCUCUUCCAUACCGUGCACCUGUUGGCCACAUCUCAACAAACUUGGUGAUUCUAUAAAGGAGCAAGUGGCUACCAAUGUAUACUAAGUCGCAGCUCACGCCAAUUGUGGUGGGAUAUACACAUCAAAUAUUUCGACUGUGCCUUGGUAAUGAUUCCUGCUGUAGAUGGAACUGACAUUUGCCAAGAGGUGCUGGUAUGCAGGGCACGGUAGAUUGGUCACCCAUACUGUGUGGUGAUAUUUAGCCCUCAGAGCACACAUUUUUCAGAGGUACCCUCCUUUAGCUAGGUUACUGUGUUCCUAACAUGUGACACGAUUUCUAUUUCGUCACCGACUGGCAUUGUGUCUUGAUUCUUCUUUUUCAGUUGUGUUUGUCAAAGCCCACACACCAAAAAAAGAAAAAGCAGAUAUGUACGAAUGCACGCGUUGCUUCCACCUCCUAUGUUCUGGGUUUCUUUCUUACCUAGGUCAUGUUUCUGUCUAUUUUGUUAAAACGUCAUCAUUUACAAAAACUGGCUAACCUGCCAACUAGGUGCUAGGAAAAGAGGGGGAGGUGUUGUUAUAUCCUCAUUUGAUUGACCACGUGUGAUCGCAUGCUUUAUCUUAUUGCUUGAUGUGAUGACAAGCAAAAUGGCUCACUAGAGUGACCGGCAUCCUGUCGAGGUAUUCAAGUACUAUGCUGCUUGGAAACGACUUUGCUAGAGGUGAGGCCUUUGUUUUUAUGACAUCCAAUUCUGCUGGCUUAGCCAAUGAGGGCUCACUGAAGGUGACAUCCCCAAAAGUGAUUUAUCGAGAGUACUGUGCUAGGGCACACAAGAGAGCUGUUAUUCAAACUAUGCAAUGCAUGCUCAUUGUUUGCCUUCUUUUACAUUGUUCUGUCAUGGGAGCUUUUCCUCUUGUACAAAGUGAGUGUUUCCUUUCCAAGUGAUCUGUAGCGCAGCAUUAUGUGGGAGCUUUUUCAUGUGUACCCCUUAUGUGCAUAGCCACUGAUGUGCAACAUUGUGGAAGGCAAGUUGCACCGCACAGUAUUAACAUGAUGCAGAGCUAUUAAAGAUGACCACUGACACAUACGGUAUGAUGCCCAAAAUAACUAUAGCAUUUCAUUAACAUUUAAGAGUUGAAGUGCAUAGGGAACAAGCUGACAAAAAGUAAUCAAGGUAAAAGAGAAGCAGUUAAAACAUGCUUGCUAAAGCACAAUCAUUUGUGCGUACUUUUCACGUUUGGCCUAGUUUUAGCAGUUUAUGCUCACUCAGUGAUAAAAUGUCCUGAUCCACAUGAGCAUGCGUGUUUUACUUGCCUGUGUUGCCAGCCUUUCGUAGUAUCUAUAUCCUACACAUCUGCCUCUUAAAUGUCCAUUUAAUUUAGCUUAGCUAUUAGUUUACACGUCACACUGUGUGUGUGUGAUGAUUUUUCUCAGCUAUCCACCACCAAUGGCCAUCGCCUUCUACUGCUGAACAUAAGGUCAAGGAUUCGACUCCCAGCCGCAGUGGCCGCAUUCUGAUGGGCAGCAGAAUGCAUAAGUGCCCACACAUGUAGAUUUAGGUGCACAUUAAAGAACGCUUGUUGGCCAAAAUUAAUCUGGGUUCCCACCCACUACAGCGUCAAUUAGAGCGAAUCUAUAUCCUCAGUAUGGUAACCCCCAUAAUUUAAAAUGUUCACCCUUUUUAGCUCUGUCUUGUUAAAACUCACUACAGCGUCAAUUAGAGCGAAUCUAUAUCCUCAGUAUGGUAACCCCCAUAAUUUAAAAUGUUCACCCUUUUUAGCUCUGUCUUGUUAAAACUAUGCAGUGAUACCUGCUUUUCAUUGCAAGGAACCAAGUAGUGUUCAUGCAACUUUUCAUGAGGUGGCUGAAGACACGGUGCCUGGGAGUUCAACUGUGGAGGAUUGUGUCAUCCCUCCUUUGGUGCUUCUUUCUUGCCAAAGUGCCCCACCUGGCACCACCUCACGUUAUACAUGAGGCUAACUGCAAGUAUUUUCUGUCUGCUGAUACUGGCUGAGUACUGUAGGUGGAACUCGGCAAUUCUUUUCCUUCCUCCACUGUUUGUCCUGUAGUCAGGCUUGCGUUUUUACCAAGGUGAACAAAGAGCUUGUGCACGUGUAACUGCUUAGUGCGGAGCUACUGUCCACCUUUGUAACAUGGUUUUGUCAUAGUUUGGGCAUUAGAGGACACACAAGUAAGGGAUCCUACAUCUUAAAACAGCCUGUGUGCUUCCACUGUGGUUUCAUAGUGUGAGGUUUGACCAUGCAGUGGUGGCUGAGGGCCGUGUUAGCGGUCUUUCUUUGUGCCUUCUGCAUCUUGCGUGUGGCUGACGUUUCAGCAGCUUCAUUUCUCAACUUGCGGUGUCACUAGGUUGUGACGAUAAUCAAAUUUUACUCCACGGUAACAAACAUGACUUUAUCCUCUGGUUCUGAUAUGAAGGCGAUGAAAGGCAUAUUUAGACUUUUACGCUGGUUGUCAAUCCCUUCUCAGUGUAGCAGGUGGUUCCUGUAUAUGCGUGGUUGCUUGCCAGUUGUGCUCAAAUGCCAUGCAAACGAUGUGCAGUACAGUUAUUGCAAAAAGUUUGAGGCCACUUCAUGAGUGACAACUCCUGUUGAAGGACUGUUGUAGUACACCUGGCAAUGCCCGAAGUAAUGAGAAAGACAAGGGCACUGUAGCCCACAAUCUGUGGUGCUCAUAACAACAGGGCACCCAGUCCAAUCAGUUCAGUCAUGCAGUGAUUUGAAAGUUUUUGCAAAGGGUGUUCCUGCCAUGACUGUGCAGUUAGUGUUAGCUGCUAAGAAUCAGGUGACUAUAUAUAUAUAUAUAUAAAAUGCAUAGUUCAUGAUAUAGCAGGUGUGGAAAGUUUGUUCAGUGAAAUGUUCAGCGUGGGCAAUUGCCUCAGCUAUAUGUGACGCUGCUCUUUGUUUCAUAUAUGCGAGGCAAUACUGUGGAAGCUAGAGCAACUUCCCACACUUAUCUGCAUUCGUUACCAAAACUUAGUCCAUCGUACAUGACAGAAAGAAAUUGUGUGCAUUAGGCACUUUAGUGCUAUGGUCACUUCAUACAUUCAUUACAGUCACAAUAUACGAAGCAAAUGUCUUAUAGGAACACGUAGACAACGACUGCACUCAUUUCACAGCUUUCACAGUAUGCUGCAAGGCACAACAUUGUUUGUUACAUGCUGGAAGUUCAAGGCAUGCAUACAAUAUGUAAUUUGAUGUAAUGUCAACUUCAUAUUUUUAAAUGUUAAUAACUCAAGAAGCUGUUCUGUAAAAGGCAUUGCAAAGGAAAGGCCCUUUCACUAUGAAACACUCAAAGUGAUACAUUUCUGUGACCACACUUGUGUAGCCUGCACAGCAUUGCUUUCAAUGUAUGGACCGUAGUGUAGGUGUGGUUAUGUACACAGCAAAUGCAGAAUACAGAAGAGAGAGUAAUAAGCAUUCAAGCAUACAUGCAUUAGUCAGUGUUAUCUGGCUAUUCACAAAAGCAGAGGCCUGCGACAGUGCCUUCUACAGCUUGCUAAACUUCUAAACUUCCCCAGAUUAGUUAAUGGUGCAUGCUCAAAAGUAAAGUUCCUAUGAAGUCCGUUCGUGAAACUUUCCUCUGAAUUUACCAUACUGCUGUAUGGUGAAUGAUCUCCCAUACUGCUGUAAGGAAGAUAAUUUGACAAAUGUGACAAACAGUCUUCAGUAAGCUUGUUUGCAAAUUGAUAUGUGCAACCUAUCUGACUUCACUUUUUGGCGAUAACCAAGUAGAGACGAUUGCCCAAAAUAAGAAGACGUGCUGCAAGCUCCAGCUACUGCUGCUCAUACCUGUGCCUUCUUGAGAGCCAUAUUUUUUUAUAGUUUUAAACACUUCUCUUUGACCUUCACGAUAAAAAACCUUGUGUUUGGCCGUUUAAGGCAUUACUUAAAAAGCCAUUAUAAAAGAAACAACUUUAAUUGGAACCUGUACAAACCUCAAUAUCCUGUCACCAUAGUUGUCAUGCUUCUCAACAUUGUCCUUCAUGCCCUGUGGAAUGCUGUUUGCUGAAAUAAACAAGAUGCUACAAUAGCAGCCCUAUUCAAGAGCAGAUAAA